AUUAGAUCCUGAAGUGGCGCAAGAGACAAAAUUCAAAUUGUUUGUGUGUGUGAUUUCGCGUUUGGUUUCCGGCCGAUUUAAGAUUGAGGACGUAUUUUUCAUUUUUCGGUGAAAUAUUCUUAUAUCUAUUGAAGUGAAUGAAAGGGACGCCUGAAAUUACCGCUAUGUCCGUGAUGCUGCUGUUCUAUUUAUCAUAGAACGAUUUUACUCUUUGCCGCAUUGGCGCCAGUUUUGUCCACGCGGGGCCAAAGUAAGACAAAAUAGCAGAGAUUACAGUGGAUUGCCUUGAUUUUCAGUUGUCAAAACACUUGGAAUACCAUCAUAAAAUAUGGAUGAAGAUGUGUCAUUCUCAACAUCUUUUUCUUCUGUGGAUGCUGAAACUGUUAUGAUGAAUAUGAGGCAUCAGGAUGAAACUCAAUUUUUCACACUGGUGAAAAUGCAUCUUUCAUUUCUUCUGCACUUCACUGUUGAUGAAGUAGAUGCACCAGUCAAUUCUGAAGACAAAAACAAUGAGAGUUCAAGGAAGAUCUUGCCAUUUAGUACCAAAAGCAAGAGUAAGUCGUCCAGGAAUGGAGAGGGUGUUGUUUUGUCACACGAGGGAGUGUGCCAGGCAUAUCAGCUGAUUGAAUUCCUCAGUAGGGACGACAAUCUUACCCACGAAGGACUGUUUCGGAAGACUGGAAAUAUUGCCAGGCAACAAGAACUGAGGCAGGAUCUGAUGUCAGGGGCAUCAAUUGACUUUGAAUCUGGUGUCUACUCAGCUCAUGACUGUGCAAGUGUGUUGAAAGGUUUUCUGGCCAGCCUCAGUGAGCCACUCCUCACCAAGGCACUGUACCCUGCUCAUUGUCAGGUGGCAGACAUAUGUCCUGUGGAUACUCCAGCUGACCAGAUAUGUGCUGCCCAUAACAAACAGAUCAAGGCACUUCAGCUGCUGUUCCUAUUGGUGCCUGCUGAGAACUACCAGCUCCUCAAAGAUCUGCUGUUCCUCCUGUACAAGGUCUCCAGGAAGCACUCAGAGAACAAGAUGAAUGCUCUCAACCUUGGCACCAUGUUUGCACCUCACAUCCUCUGCCCUCGCAAGAUGUCUGCUGCGGAACUCCAGAACUCGUCCGGUUCCAUGGCUCAGGCAGUGGCACUGAUGAUCGAGAACACACCACUCCUCUUCAAGGUACCACAUGAGCUCGAGGUGGACAUGCGUGCGUUCCUGGCCCGUCACGAUGGCACUCCGGGACUGAACCGGCAGCGACGGAGGCGGCACAGCUGCUCGGAUGCCAGCGUGGACUCGCCACAGGCGUCCACCGUGUUCACGUUCGUGGACCGGCAGCAGUCGGCCGCUGCCGGCGAGCGGGACGACACGGAGACCGCGCUGGCCGGCCUGUACGCUCACAUCUCCAGCAUGCCCGACUCGGCGCGCCGCCGAAAACUCAUCAAACAGUUCAACCGCGAGAGCGGCGCAGGCACGCCCAACCUGGCGCAGCGCACGCGCACGCGCAGUUUCGGCGAGUCGCUGCGUAAGCACCUGUUUUUCGCCGGGAAGGCGCGGAAGGGUGCUGCCGCGUCAGGUAAGGCUGCCCUAUCGCGGCGCAGCGCCUCAGAGGAGGCUCUCGCCAGCCCGCCGUCGCCCGAGUCUCGGCGCAGGUUCCGCGAGGCGCCUGACACGGAUGACUCGGUGAGCAUGUGGCCGACUCCGUCCCUGGGCGGCGGCGGACCGGCGCUGAAGCGCGCGCUGCUGACUCCGACGGCGGCGGCCGGUCGGUUCACACCGCGGCUGGCACGCAGCCUGCGACAGGUGCAGCGAGAGAGCGUGCCGGCGCACCCGGGCGGCGUGCGGCCGCUGCCCGGCUCGGCGCGCAGACCGGACCGUACCGCCGAGAUGUCGACCUUCCGGGCCGGCCGGAACAACUCGAUGAGACGCGGGCAGGUGCCGCUGCGACCCGUGCGCGUGGACGCCGUACAGCCGCCGCCGGGCCCCUCCUCUCCCAUCAGCCAGAAGAUGGACACGAUGUGUUCCACCACCCGGGUGCAGAUGCUGACGCCGCGCAACCGGCGUGCCGUCUGCCUGCUCUCGCACUCCCGCCUGCCGGCGGCCACAGAGGUGGCGCCACCGUCGCCCGUGCAGAUGGCGCCCCUGUCGCCGGUGCAGAUGGCGUCACUGGACGACAGUCCGAGUGCGGCGAAGCGGGCGCGUGGCGCCGACGUGGAGUCGUCUGCGGCUCUGAGUUCGCCGUUUCAGCAUUAUCUGCUGCAGCGGGACAUGCUGACCGCCGAGCCGGUGGACCUGUCGCUGCUGGAGAUGACGUCCCCGCCGCCAGCCGGCGCUGCGCCCGCCAUAGUGGCACCAAGCCCGGCGCGACUCCUGGUCGGCGAGGCCACCCUGAGCGACUCGCUGCUCGAGUGUCUGGACGGAGCCGAGCCCGGUAAACGGCCUGCCUCAGCGGACAGUUCAGACGCUGGAGCGACACCAGUCACCGUCCCGGACAGUGAGGACACCGGGGCCGGCUCAGUCGCCGACACGGAGGCGGAGACAGUCACAGGCGACGGGAAGGAAUCAGCCACGGACCCUGCCACUGUCAGCGUGACUGAGACUGUCACAGACACCUUCACAGGUGCCGCCACGGACAGCACUAUCACGGAGCCCGUCACGGACAGUACCGUCACGGACGCCGUUACUGUCAGCGUCACGGACGCAGACUCUGAGAUGACAGCUGCGGCCGACACCACCGGUGACUCAGAAGACACCCUGGCCGCCGCCCACUCUGCCGACGACGGGUACCGCUCGCUGACGUCCACCAGUAGCGGCGCCUCGCUGCCCCACCUCAGUCCCGUGCAGCCGAGUCGCGCCCAGCGGCGCUCCCUGGCGGACCUCAGUAACCGGCGCACGGACCCGCCGGCCGCAGCGCAGACCGGUCUACUAUCCGUCUCAGAGUGCUGGACGGAUGCCAGUCUGGCGCUGCCGACAGAGCCACCUAGCGACGACGGUGAGAACCAACGCCGCAAGACGCUCACCGACCGCGAGACGAACCCGAUGGCGCACCGUAAGAUCGGCGCCGCGCGCAAACGGCGCAGCGUUCUGUUUGAGACGGACCUGUGACGGCCAGGCUGUGGUUUGGUGGUAGCCGAGAUCUCUGAGGAUCUCUGGUAGUGGCGGGGUCUCGCUCGGAGACGCCCUGUGAUGGACAGUGCCUCACACAGGACCCGACUGGGUCUGUCGGUGUCCCGUGUGGUCAGUGGAGCUUCCUGAGGGUCCUCUCUGAAGGUUUCUAUUGACUGUGAGUCCUGGGAUGUGGGCGCUUAGUGAGGGACCAGAUAUGGGACCGUCCCGAGCCACCGCAGGUAUAGCACGGUCCAGGCGCCUGGGGUGGCACAGUGAUGUACCUGUCUCCACCGUAGCUUACCAGAGCGCUUCAGUAGCUAACCGAGCUAGAGGACCGGUUGCGAGCGCUCUGCGCCACCCCACCACGCGCUGAAUGCAGAUCUGGUAAAUGUACAGCUUACUUGGCAGAAUCAUACGUAACUGAGAUCUCUUCAUACCGAAACGCUGGGCCAUAGAUCUCCGUGAUUAGUGAGUUCGUAGGGGUAAUCAUUGGGGUCGAGCGUUGUACAUGCUACUCUGGUAUUGUAUCUGCUGCGAGAGUAUCGUAGUUGGGUGUAAACUCCGCGCUGGUAUUAUAGCCUUGGUGUGUAAAGACCGCGCUGGUAUCGUAGUUGGAAUGUAAACACUGCUGGUGAUUGUAAUCUCUGCGUAAAUGCUGCGCUGGUAUCGUAGUUUCGAUGUAAAUGCUGCGCUGGUAAGGUAGUUUCGGUGUAAAUGCUGCGCUGGUAUUGUAGUUGGUUGUAGCGUCGCCACUCUGCGCGCGGCCGGUUGGUGGGCAGGUAAAAGGUAGUGUAGCAGGCUGUUGCGGUGGACUGCACCCGUCCACCGCCCGCUGCGGGCGGCCCAGAGGCAGACGCUGACCCCAGAACCGACAAUCAGUAUGGUGUGAGCUGUGCAAACGGUGCCUUCCGCGUACCGAGUGUCGUUCGCACCAGACCGCUGUUGUAAAUACGACUCUUGCCGUUUGCUGUCCUGUUUCUAACCUGGCGCAUUAGUAGCGACCUGAGCGUGUCUAUAGCGAAAGCCGAACGCUGAAAAAUGAGUGCCGAAGUCGAAAGCAAAGACAAUCCGUCAUUUUGUUCAGAGCUCGGUUAGUGUGCACGCUCUAUUUUAUGGUAGGACAAUACAUGUAAAAAAGGGGUUUUA